AUGGCAGAGCACGAACAUGAAUUUGAGGGCCAUGAGGAAGAAUUAGAAGCCCCAAAAGAUUCAUUGUGGAGAGAUGAACAUGAAAUGGAGAAAUCUGCAAACAUCGUUUAUUUUUUAACCUUAGGAAUUGUUUCAGGGUUAAUAUUGAGAGAAAUCAAUAAAAAGACAAAGUAAUGGAAUUAAUAUAAAAUAUAGAUUCCCAUAUUCUCCUAUGAUUUUAUCAUUAGGAAUUUUAUUGGGAUUACUUUAAAAGAGUUUGGGUUAUGUUGGAGAAAGUGCAAGUAUCUUGUCAAAAAUGCAUCCUCACUUAAUAGUGUUUGUGUUUGUUCCUGUUUUAUUAUUUGAGUCAGCUUUUAAUUGUGAUUGGUAUACUUUCAAAUAUUAGAUGGUAAACAUUUUACUAUUAGCUGGUCCUGGUUGUGGUUGGGUAUUUGAUAAUCUAAAAAUAGGGUGCAAUUUUAUUAGGUGCUGUAUUUAAAAUGGUUUUACGUUAUGAUGAUCAUGAUAUGACAUGGUAUUAAGCAUUUACUCUUGGUUCUGUAUUAUCAGCUACAGAUCCUGUGGCAGUAGUUGCUUUACUUAAGGAAUUAGGAGCAAGUUUGGCAUUCAAUCAUUUAAUAGAGGGGUAUUUAUAACUUUUAUAAAUUUAGAGAGGCUUUAUUAAAUGAUGGUGUAGCAAUGGUAUUUUUUAUAUUUUUUAACAAAUUUUCAAAAGCAGCAAGCGGUAAAGGUGAAGCAGUGACUGCAAGUUAGGUAGUUCUCAAUUUUGUUAGAAAUUCAUUAGUUGGACCAGCCUUGGGAUUGAUUUUAGGUAUAUUAGCUGCUUUAUGGACAAAGAGAAUUUUAGGUGAUGAUAUAGAAGUAACUUGGUUAACAUUUGUAUUCACAUAUUUAACAUUUUAUUGGGCAGAAUUUUGUUUUUUUAAAACUAGUGGUUUACUGGCAGUUGUAGGUUUAGGUUUAUUUUGGAGUGCUUUUGGAAAGACUAGAAUAAGAUCAUCAGUAGAACAUUCUGUGCAUACUGUAUGGGGUUUUGUGUAAUAUUCUUGUGAUACUUUAAUAUUUUUAUUAGUUGGAAUAAUUGUUGGUACUUAAGUAAUUGAAGAAACAUUUAUUCAUAAAUCAGAUUAUAUUAGAAUGAUAGUGUUUUACUUUUUUAUGAUUUUGGCUAGAUUUAUAAUGAUAUUAACAUUCUGGCCAUUUUUAAGGUGUUUUGGUUAUCCUAUAUCAAAGUCUGAAUUUAUAGUUCUUGUAUAUGGUGGUUUGAGAGGUGCCUUAGGUUUAACAUUGUCUUUAAUGGUUGGAUGUGAUGAAGAAUUGCCAGCUAGAUUUAGACAUUUAUCUGUUUUUUAUGGAGCAGGGAUGGCUGCAAUAACAAAUUUAAUUAAUGGUACUACUUGCAAGGCUUUGGUUCAAUAUUUAGAGAUGAUAGAAAAUCCUGUUGUUAAGAAAAAGGUGUAUAAAAAAUAUUUGGAAGAAUUGAUAGUAAAUUCUUAAGAUAAAAUGAGAGAAUUAGAAUCAGAUUAAUUUUAUAGUAUGGCUGAUUGGAAUAAAGUAAAUUAAUUAAUUGGGUAACCUAAAUUCAUAGAGAAAAUAGAGAAAUUAGAAACUGAAAUAAAAUAUAUGAUAGGUAGUAAUAAAGUUUCAUCAAAUUCAUCUAAUUUAUAUGAAGGAUUAACAGAUUAAGAAAUAUUUGGAGAAGUUAGAUAUAGAAUCUAUCGUAUUAUGAAGGGUUUGUAUUAUGAUAAAUUUGAGUAUGGAUUAUGUGAAGAAGAUACAGUUCGUUUAUUGGUUGAAUCAAGUGAUAUAGGUUUAGAUCAUACAAAAGCAAUUUUAAAUAUUUGGGAUUAAUUAUAUAAGAAUUUCUUAAAUUUUAGUAGUGUGAACUUUUUCUUUAAAGUUAAGGAAAUGCCAUUUAUUGGACCAUUUGCUAGAGAUUAUAUGAUUAAACAUUUAGGAUUUGUUUAUGAUGUGACUACAACAUUUUUAUCUUGUGCAAAUGAAGCAUUUCAUUUAACUGAAAGUUUCCCUAUGAGUAAAGAUGCUGUUAGAGUUGUUAUGGAGGAAUUAAAUAAGGAAAUAGAAAAAGCUGAAGGUUAUUUAAGUAUAUUAAAUGAUACUUUUCCAGAGAUUGUUAGAGCAAUUUAAACUAAAAGAGCAUCACAUUCUAUUUUAACACAUUAAAGACAUUAUCUUGAUGAAACAUAAUAGAAUGGAUUAGUAGAUGAUAAAGAAUACUAAUUAUUAAAAAAAGAAAUCAAUACUAGAUUAGUUGAUCUAGAAAAUCAUUAAUUUGAUAUGAUUUUACCAUCAUUCCAUGUUUUAGCAAUGGAAUUUCCUAUUUUUUCAGGUCUUGUUUCUACAGACUUAGAUAACAUAAUAAAAAGUGCUUAUGAAAAGAAAUUUGGACCAGAUGAAAUAAUAUAUGAAUAAGGAAUGACAUGUUAGAAUAUCUAUAUUGUGAGUAAAGGUAAUGUAGUGGAUGAAUUCCAAGGAGGAUCAAUAAAAAAGGGUUUAGGAUCCUUAAUUACAUAUACUAAUCUUAUAGGAGAUGGAACAUGCAUGAGUACGGCUAAGACUACAGCUGAUUCUUUACUUUAUUCAUUAAAUCUUAAAAUUCUUAAAGAUUUAAUGAAUAAAAAUCCAGAUUUUGAAUUCAAAAUAUAUAUUAAUUCUGUUGGUAAUUUAUUAACUUCAUUUUUAGAAUAUUUAAGAAAGAUGUUUGAAAAUUAAGCUGGACCUCUUGCACAUUUAGAAAUAAAGAGAUUAUUAGAUUUCUUUAGAACAAAAAGUAAAUUAAGAAAAUUUACAACAAAUUAAAAAUGUGAUUUUAUUUUUGGUGGAUAUUUAUUUAGGGGAGAAUUAAAGGACAUCAAUAAUAAAGUUUAUUCUCAAUAUACGUAAAAUAUAUAUUCUAUUAUAUAGUUAUAUACCUCCUCAAGACACUGAAUGUUUAGUAACAAAAGAUUGUUAAUGCUUGAUUUUCGAAGAUUCAGUAGAGUCCUUCAAUAAUUAAAUGCUGAAACAACUAGAUUUAGAUCCUCAUAAAGACUAAUAGAUUUAAGAAAGGUAUUCAUAGAUUAAACGUACUUCUAUGAUGGAUAAAAGUAAACAUCAUUGAUA